GUGUUAUCAGGUGUUGUUUGCUCAGAUGUGUUCUGGACAGAAAACAUAAAUAACAGAUUGUUGUUAUUUAGAGAUGGUCGUUUACUGGUUUAAUAAGAAGUUUGGAAUGGACAGCUGCAACGAUACAUACUUGGAGUGAACUGUGACCUAAAUAACAACUGUCAUUUGUUUGUGAUUGUGGCUUCAUUUAUCUUUUUUUUCUUUUUUUCUUUUUUUUUUUCACGAGCAGCAUACAUUGUGUUCCAUUAUGGCUCUGGCAGGAGUGCGUGUAAUCGAGCUCGCGGGGCUGGCCCCUGCGCCCUUCUGCGGGAUGAUACUGGCCGACUUCGGUGCAAGGGUGAUCCGGGUAGAUCGGACAAAGGUGCCAAUGACUGUAGAUACUCAAGCAAGAGGCAAACAAUCAGUGGCCUUGAAUCUAAAGAACCCCAGAGGUGUCGCUGUUUUGAAAAGACUGUGUGUCCAGUCAGAUGUGGUUCUGGAGCCCUAUCGUAAAGGUGUUAUGGAAAAGAUGGGAUUAGGUCCUGAAGAUUUACUUAAAGAGAACCCGCGUCUGAUUUACGCACGGCUCACCGGCUAUGGUCAGAGCGGAUCCUAUGCCAAGGCUGCCGGGCAUGAUAUCAACUACCUGGCCAUGUCAGGGUUGCUGUCCAUGCUGGGCCGUAGCUCGGAGAAACCCUACGCUCCAUUGAAUUUGGUGGCAGACUUUGCUGGAGGUGGUCUCAUGUGUGCCUUUGGGAUUGUGUUGGCUCUCCUGGAAAGAAGCAGGUCAGGACAAGGCCAGAUCAUUGAUGCCAGCAUGGUUGAAGGUGCAGCAUAUGUCGGCUCCUUCAUGUGGAAGUCCCGAAGCCUCGGCCUGUGGAAUCGUCCACGUGGGGAAAACUUGCUGGAUAGUGGUGCUCCGUUCUAUGACACGUACCGUACGUCGGAUGGAAAGUACAUGGCAGUGGGAGCGAUUGAGCCUCAGUUCUAUCAACAGCUUAUUCAAGGUUUGGGCUUAUACGAGGCUGACCUGCCCGCACAAAUGAGUGUAUCGGAUUGGCCGCAGCUAAGGCAAACAUUCACCCGGGUGUUUGCCAGCAAGACACAGGAGGAGUGGAUUCGAGUCUUUGACGGGACAGAUGCCUGUGUCACCCCUGUGCUGUCUUUGGAUGAGGUACUCUCUCACCCCCACAACCAGGCACGGGGGUCAUUCUUCAAGGACUCUCAGGGGGAAAUUAGCCCUCGACCUGCACCCGUUCUGUCCCGCUCCCCUGCGGAGCCCUGUCACUCCCGGGACCCAUUCAUCGGAGAGCACACUCGCUCUGUGCUGAAGGAGUACGGGUUCGAGCAAGCACAAAUAGAACAGCUCUUGUCUGCCGGUAUUGCAGAGUGUAACGAAGCCAAAGCGCGUCUGUAAAUCAGACUCUGACUGGAGAAUCAUUAAACUCUGUGGCCAAUGAUGCAGCGCGGGAAUCUGAGCACUUGAACUCCUCCGUCUUGUUGAGUGAGUGUGAGGGGGCAUUUCAGAACAAAAUUACCGUCCCUUGUGAAUCACUGGGUGCUGCAGUGGACUAAAUGAUCCUGGGCUUUUGAGUAAAAAUACCACCACCCCCCAAAAUUAAACUAAUUUGUAAUUGCAGCAUAAUUAAAGCCUAUUGCAAACAUUAUGUCUUAAUCUUAACAUCCUUAUAUUUGUCAGUAACUGCAUCAUUCUUUCAGCAAAGAUAUUUAACGUUCACUUCUUUUAAGACCGUUUUGAAUAAAUGGUAUGGUUGAAGGCAUUUUAUUUACAGUUGAUUAAAGUGAACCACUUUUGGUUGUGAAUUGAAAUACUUGACUAAUAAGUGUCUUCAGCAAGAAGAGCUGAGUGUGAGUCAUAGACUAAUUAAUAGAGUGAAAUAUUUGCCUUUGCCUAAUUAUUAGGGAGUGCUGAUGACCUAAGAUAAUGGUAUGAGGAUAAAACCAAUUAAUGAUUCAGCUUAAGGUGAAGAUUUCUGCCAUAAUAAUAUAGCUUGUAUUAAAGUGUAACACUUGGUGAACAACGUAGUGGUCUUUAUUAUGAUACAGGUGGCCGUUUUUGUGUGGUCUGCGUUUGUUAUAAGAAAUGGGGACAGUAAGGUUGUCGCUUUGUAACAUUAUAAAUGUCUUUACUGUGACUUCAAUGUAAUGCAUCUUUUCUCAAUGAAAGCAUUCAUUUCUGUUACCGAGCCCAAGCCUUUAAACAGUAGUGUAUUUUCAAAAUUAAUAAAAGAGACCAUAGAGAUCAAGACA